GUAAAGGCUAGACACUUGUCCUUAAGGUCAUCUGGAAUUACAGCCACCAUGUACUGCCCCAACUCUCUGUCUGAUCUUGACAAGCAGGAAGGUCCCUGCCCUUAUCAGACCAAUUGCAUACAAUAGAGCCAGUGUGUGGCGUGUUGUUUUUCUUUGUCACAGCGGAGAGAAGGACUCUCACACAGACAGAGGUGAAAAAUGAGCUCAGCCGAGGACCUGCUCAUCAUCUAUGAGACGGAGGCAGAGCAGUGGGCUGUAUACCUGCGCUCUAUCUUCGCCGGGCCCGUCCGGGAGGGAGGGAUCUGUUGCUACGACAUCGCCACAGUGACCAGCCGGCGGGAGGACUUUCUGCGACUGGGCCAGUACAAGGUCAAGCUGUUAAUCCUGUCCAGGGGAAUGCUAGAAGGCCUGUGCCAGCUCCGCCGCUUCUUCCUGGCCCGAGUGCUGAACCCCUGCGGCCCACGUGGUGGUGCUUCUGUGUGGGGUGGACAGCCUGGCUCCCCUCCUGGAGGUGGUGCCCCUCAAGGGGGACGAGUGUCUGCAGAUAUCCAGCGAGCAAGACGCCGAUGAGUACCUGUCGGCUGUGACCGAUAUUGUGCAGAGAGGGCACCAGGCUGCAGCAGGGAAUGUGAGUGCUGUUCCUGGGAAGUUGACAGGACCGGAUCUAAAGCUGGAGUUAAACCUAAAAUUGGAGAGCAGGCAGUCUACUGGAGCCUCCAGUACCAAGCCCAACAACAUGCUGCUGGUCCCCUCCAGAGUUCCCUGUGGGAUGCCAGGCGAGGUGUUCAUUCUUUUAAAAGAUACUGUGGCCAGUAAAGAUGCUGAGGUUGAGUUCAGUAGGAGCAAACAGAGGGUGAGAGUGAAACCUGUCCACUGGAACAAACACACCCUCUGUGUGAACGCAGCAGACUUCCAAGCAGGAAGUGUGGGCGUAGCACUGUACUGUAGUGGGGUGGCGAUGGGGAAGGCCCAUCUGCAGUACUACAGCAACAUGGAGGAGAUGGCUCGCCUUCUGACCAGGGUGGCAGACCCUGUGGACUUCAUGUGCCAGUCUCUUCAGGUGUCCUCGGUAGAGAAGCUGGACCAAAGGCUGUCCUCCAUGCUGUUGGAAGCCAUGCCCUCCACAGGCUUCCAGGGACUGCAGGGAGAUGACCCACCCGAAGGGGAACCAGAGACGCUCCCAGAGGACGUGCCGUCACUUCUCCACUUUGCAGCCCAGAACGGGUUUAAAGACGUCUCCGGUGUGUUGCUACAAUGUCCUGGGGCGAAAAGAGCUCUGUGCACAACUAACCGCCACGGUCAGACGCCCGCUGAGAUCGCCCGACAUAAUGGCCACGAUGAGCUCCAUGUAGUGCUGCAGCAGACCCUGAAUAUGUUCACCAUGGGCAAGGACAGUGAUGACAACAGUAUCUAUGAGAUGAUGUGCACAGCAGGGAAUCCCAGUGCUCCAGACACUCAGAGAGAGGAACAGGGAGAGGGUGAUGAGGUGGGGGAGGAUGAGGAGGACCUGUACGCCCCACUAGGUGUAAAUGAUGAAGAGUAUGACACCAUCUUGACCUCCAGCAGCGCCAUCGUUAUUGCUAACAGACCACCGGCGCCCACACCCCGGCCCGAAACCGACCCCGUCAAAGAGGACAGCACCCCCUUUAUAGCUCAAGUGUUCCAGAAGAAGAUGUCACAGAGCGAUACUGAAACACUGUAUUCUCUACCCACUAAGCAAGCACGCGGGCGAGACAGCAUCUCCUCCACGUACGACACAUUUGUGCCCAACCAGCCGCCUGGGCUGGAGCAGCUGAUUGAGCUGCAGGAGAAGGUGAAGAGAGGCUCUCUCAGUAUGGACGAGGCCCUGGAGAGGUUCAGUGACUGGCAGAGGGUCCAGAAGGGAAUGGACGCCAUUCAACAGGAGAAACUACGUCAGCUGAGGGCGAGUAUCAUCAACAACAGAGAGGACGAUGAAAGUGUCUAUGAUAAAAUCAACAUCAUCCAUCACACACCCAAUGUGACUGUGAAUGAAUGUCACAGGGGAAGCCAGCCGGUGGAGACUGACUUUUACAGCAAACCACUUAAAGGACAACAUGUGCCAUCAAACAAGAAACAAGACAUUUAAGUUAUUUGUCUUGAUCUCACUCAUUCUGAAGAACCAAGCUCUUAUUGAUUGAAAUGAAUAUGUCUAUGUCCUGCAUCCCUAUAAGAUAUCAAUACAUGGUAAAUGUAACGUGAUAAAGAUGGCCGUAUAUGUUAUACAACUAUGUUCAUUAAGUCAUUUAUUUUUAUUAAAUCAUUUUAUUUCACAACGUCA